AGGAGAUCCGUGUCUUCAUUGAGUCCCUGGCUGAGAAGGUGGAGGAGGUGAAGAGGAAACACAGUGCCAUCCUGGCUGCACCCAACCCCGACGAGAAGACGAAGGGGGACCUGGAAGUUCUGAUGACGGACAUUAAGAAGUUGGCCAAUAAAGUUCGCUCCAAACUAAAGAGUAUCCAACAGACCAUUGAGCAGGAGGAGAGUCAGAACAAGUCUUCAGCUGACCUGAGGAUACGCAAGACACAGCACUCCACUCUGUCCCGUAAGUUUGUGGAGGUGAUGUCAGAGUACAACGCCACCCAGUCAGACUACAGGGAGCGCUGCAAGGGCCGUAUCCAGAGACAGCUGGAGAUCACUGGGAGGAAUACAACAAACGAGGAGCUGGAGAGCAUGUUAGAGAGUGACAACCCAGCGAUCUUCACCUCAGGGAUCGUCAUGGACUCCAACAUCACCCAGCAGGCAAUGAACGAGAUCGAGACUCGUCACACUGAGAUCAUCAAGCUGGAGAACAGCAUCCGUGAGCUACAUGACAUGUUCAUGGACAUGGCCAUGCUGGUGGAGAGCCAGGGGGAGAUGAUAGACCGUAUAGAGUACAAUGUGGAGCAUUCAGUGGACUAUGUGGAGAGGGCCGUGUCAGACACUAAGAAGGCUGUUAAAUACCAGAGUAAAGCCCGGCGGAAGAAAAUUCUGAUCAUUAUUUGCUGUGUAAUUCUGGGAAUCGUCAUUGCUUCUACAAUUGGAGGAUACUUAGGUAUAGCCUGAGACACACACCGAAGGUCAUGUCAGGAGCCACACACACACACACACACACACACACACACACACACACACACACACACACACACACACACACACACACACACACACACACACACACACACACACACACACACACACACAUACAGGUCUAUAAGUGGGUCCAUUUCCCCUGAAUACAACACACACACACACACACACACACACACACACACACACACACACACACACACACACACACACACACACACACACAUCACACACACACACACACACACACACACACACAGGUCUACAAGUGGGUCCAUUUCCCCUGAAUACAA